AACACUCGGCCUGGAUUAUAUAUCGUCUACGUCUAGUUCUCUGUUGACAGCCGAGGCUAGAAUCCUGAUUUAAAACAGUAACUAUGGCUCCUAUUCGAUGACAGUGUUUUAAAGUGUAAUAUCAAUAAUGGGAGAUUUGAUCAUUUAAACCAAGACUGUGCUUCAUGAUGAAGAAAUUUGACAGUAAACAGUAUUACCGACUGGCCGCGGUGGUUGUUAUACUUUCGGAAUUGGUGGCCACUCAAACCAACUGGGACACAGUGACACCUACGACACUUGACCGUAUUGACUCAUCAUCGAAUUAUUUUACAGCCUGGCCGACAGAUCUCGAUCGCGAGAAAGACUUCCAUGAUAAUACGGUGAGAAACAACGAUAUCACCGACAUCAAUCCUGAUCAAAGGAACAUUACUGCCUCAUCAGAAAUAAACUACACGUCUCAGCCGACGUCAUUCACAUCACCAUUUGUAUCAUCUUCAUUAUCGUCUUCAGUUUCGGCAUCAUCACCGACUUUUCAAACAGGUAAAGUCAACAUUAUAGCAACAUCAACUACGACAAAGACGGCAUCGCCAACCACAGUGAAAACAAACCCUAGCAUUGAAGUAGAUAAUUCUACAACACAGGAAGUGAAAAGUGUGUUUAACAUUGACAAAGAUAGUUCUGCAACAUCAGAGGGGAUAAAUGUGUAUACAUCUACCCCACCGGAAGGAAAAACUGUGAUUAACAUUGGCAUAGAUGCUUCUACCACAGUGAAAACUGUGGACAAACCUACCACACCGGGUGUGAAUGGUGUACACAAACCUACCAAAACGGAUGUGAAUGGUGUACACAAACAUACCACACCGGGUGUGAAUGGUGUACACAAACCUACCACACCGGGUGUGAAUAGUGUGUAUAAACCGACCACAUCGGGUAUGAAUGACGUGAACAAGUCUAUACCAUCUACCAAACCGGAUGUCGAUAGUGUGCAAAAGCCCUUUAUAGACCCAGAUAUGCCGGAAGUAAAGUCAUCUUCGACUGCACCAAAAGAUAAUUUGCACAAAUUAACACCUACCACCAUAACAAAAAUGCACAACUUGUCCCAAUCUACAAACAUUCCUCCGAAAACAGACAUCGUACACACCAACUUACUUACAACAGAAAUGGGGGUAACAACAAAAACGGAGAUGCGUCUCGAGACCGUGAAUAGAACAGGUGAAACACAAAUGCAGACCGUCACCCAAACAGAUACGCCGACAACAGCGGAGGGCCUCAACAGAACAGACAAUCCAAUAAUGCCGGAAGUCAAUUUAACAGACGAGCAAAUAACACAAAAUGCCAAUAGAACAGAAAAACCAAUGAUACCGGAAGUUAGUAGAAUAACCAAAACAACAACGUCGGAAGUUAGUAGAACAAGAAAAACGACAAUGCCGGAAGUUAGUAGAACAAGCAAAACAAUAACACAGGAACUCAGUAGAACAAGCAAAACAACAACGCCGGAAGUCAGUAGAACAAGCAAACCAGCCACUCAAGAAGUCAGCAGGAUAGUAACUACUACAAAUCCAAGAGACACAGUUAAUAUUGAAUCCACGUCUACUAUCACAUUGACAUCAUCCAACAUUAAUGUUGACUUAACCAACGUCGAAGUCUCGACGGAAGCCCAGAAUUCGACCGAUAACACACUACCUGUAACCAAGGGUGCUCAUGUGAACGACUCGUUAACAACCGAAAGAACCACCGAAGAACACAAGACAACGGUUCACCGAGUCAGCAAUACGGACCAAAUAGCUUUAAAUGGAACAAGUUUGACCACAGUAUCGGUCACAGGCAGCGUUUCAAACUUAACGGUAAACACUGCAGACAUUGAAACGACAAAAUCAAUGGAGACAACCACGCAAAAUAAGGCUUUAAAUACAUCCCAAAAUACCGACCAGGCGUCCACGGAGACUUUAUCUAUUAGCGACUCGGGCGUCCAGAUCAGACAUCAGACGGGUGACGCGGAUGACGACACCUACUGGCCAAUCGCAAUUGCUGUUACAGUCGGUGUGCCCGUCAUCAUCGUCUUCGCCGUCACCAUAACCGUCCUAAACCGCAAGAGGUUAGAGCGUCCGAAUCGCUUAGCAACGCCAGCUUUCUUUUCGUGAGCUAUUUUCGUUUUGCUUAGAAGGAAACUGGAGAAGGCCCACAAUGCAGCACUGUCGGGGUACAUCACGCCACCGACCGAGUAUGACGCAUGACGUCACUUUUGACACUGACAGAGGUCGCCGCCGCACGGCACGUGUACCGGAAAUAGGCCGGACAGCGAUGAGUUCUUCGUGAAAAACAAAUGAGAAUAAAUGUUACCUUUUUAAUUCCAUUUUUUUCUCACAUACUUGAACGACAUAAACAUAAAUUAUGAUAUUCCCAAGAUGAACCGAAAGACUAAAGGCAAUGAAGAGUUAAACUUACGUAAUGAGACUAACUACUGGGUGUUUGAAAGCGCCCAGUGUUUGAUUCUGUUGUAUUGGUGUGGUGAUAAUGCUUUGUGCGCAUUCAUGGUGUGGUGAUGAUGUUCUGUUUGUGAGCAUAUUAUGGGCGCCGAGGGUGUUAGGAGAUAUAUCCUGUUGUGAGCGCCCGUAUAUAGGCCAAGGCCUAGCUGGCAAAAUUUUACUAAGUACAUGUAUAUUGUAGUAAAUUAUGCACAUAGUACAGCCAUCACCUCAAACGUGUUGGUUAAUAAAACUGUUUCAUACGA